CCUUUUCAAAACAAAUUAAUCAAACAGAAAUGGGUGGUGGUGUAGCCAUGCAAAAGACACUGCUCAUAACCGCCGUAGCUCUGAUCGGAAUCAUCACCGGAGCUGCAGCGCAGAACUGCGGGUGCGCGGCGGGGUUGUGUUGCAGCAGGUUUGGAUUCUGCGGCAACGGCGAAGAUUUCUGUGGGACUGGAUGCAGAGAAGGGCCGUGCAAUAUUCCCCCACUUACUCCUAGUGUGAACGACGUGGUUGUGGCGGAUUUUGUGACGGAGGAAUUUUUCAACGGCAUUAUUAACCAGGCGGACGCCGGUUGCGCCGGCCGGGGAUUCUACAGCAGAGCUACUUUCCUUGAAGCCCUCCGAUCGUUUGACCGAUUUGGAAGAAUUGGAUCCGUUGACGAUUCCAAAAGAGAAAUCGCUGCCUUCUUUGGCCAUGUCACUCACGAGACUGGACAUUUGUGCUUCAUAGAAGAAAUAGAUGGAGCAACAAAGGACUAUUGCGACGAAGAAAACACUCAAUAUCCAUGCAACCCAAGCAAAGGGUAUUUCGGGAGAGGGCCAAUCCAACUUUCUUGGAACUUCAACUAUGGCCCGGCCGGGGAAAACAUUGGCUUCGACGGCCUAAACAACCCUGAAAUCGUGGCCACCGACCCGGUGGUGUCGUUCAAGACGGCGCUGUGGUACUGGAUGAACUUUGUGAGGCCGGUCAUUAACCAGGGCUUCGGCGCCACCAUUCGAGCCAUCAAUGGCGCCCUCGAAUGUGAUGGUGCUAACAAUGCCACCGUUCAACGACGAGUCCAGUUCUAUACUCAGUAUUGUGAUCAACUCGGCGUUGCUCCGGGAAAUAAUUUGACUUGUUAGAUUUUCUUCAUUUUAAUUUCACUUUCCUUGUCUGUUUUCUUGUCUUCUUUUUUAAGCUUUCGACCAAUAAAAUUUCCCAUCAUCCAUACAUAUAAUUCAUAUCUGUUUUCUCUUUUUGUAAUUUCUUCCGCAUAUAUAUGAACAAGUUAUUACUUCAUUUA